AUGCCAGACGUAUUGCCAAUGGAUGGUCGAAAUGGGCACGCGAAGCCAACUGCCAGGUCAAGUGGGUCAUACCUGGGUCUGGCCAAAGGCUCUGCCGUAGUGCACUCACCUGCGAGUUCUCCCGGGGAGCAGGCGAAGCAGCAGCUUACGAUAGAUCUCCAUCAGCAGGGUGCGUCUCCAUGUGGUUUUUCACUGGGAGGUCCCCCAAGCGUCACUUUUUCGUUACUCGACGGCAGCACGUAUCACGAGUGUGAUGGCGUGCCGACGAGCUCCUCUGCCUCUCGAGGCACUCCCUGCUCGAUUCGUUCUGCACCUACGCCCCAGCUAGGGAAACCUCGUUUAGCUGGAGGGUCCUUCGCUUCGUCGCGUUCAAGUCAUAGUAGAUUCACAGACGGGCGCAGCGCGGAUGCCACCUCGACGUCUGUGCAGUACACUGUUGGGUCACUGAUCAUGCCAGAUGGUGUCACAGUCCGCCCGCCUCCAAAGACUGGCAUUUCCUCCGGUGAUCCUGUGGCCACACACACCUUGCGGAGACGCACUGCGAACCUGAAUUCUGACUCCUUUUCUUCAGGUGGUCCUUUUUCCACCCGCCUCAAUCUCUCUCUGCACCGCCGUUCUCUAAACACGACAUGGCAGAAAAACUUCCGGUACCCCGCGGCGACAGGAGGGUCGCGACGGCGAGUCACGCUCUCUCGUCAUUUGAAUCCCACGGGCGAGAGCCUGCCAAGGCUGGUGGCCUUCUCUCCUUCUUUGAAUCGUGCCUUGAUUCAGGACACGUGUCUUACCGCCCUGCUGAGGGCAGCGAGCGACUGCGUGCCUUCUCCUUCGUCCCAGCACCCCGCAACAUCUGCCAGUGAACCGCCUCCGUGCGUAUCUGCAUGUAUAUCUGCAGAAGCACAACAUUCUCCGGAUUCGGCUCUGCAUAAAGACGCAGGUGGCGCAGGGAAUUCCUUUCUUCUCUCCUCUGAACAGCCUCUUUCGCCUCCCCCUGAGGACGGGAAAUCAUUGUUUCCGCUUGCUCACCAGGACAUUUGCGACGCCGCGGCUGGUGCUUCGGAGAGAGAGCAGACUUGCGAGGAUCCCUCUCAUCGCCGCCGCGCUGCUGGCAUUGUCUCUUCCAGACUGCAGGACAGGGGAAAGAGUCCUUCGCCGUCUGGCAGCGUCUCAGCUUCUGUUCUAUCUGACUCCUCGAAGCGGCCUACUGGAAAACAUCUGACAGCUGGGGACACGGGGGUAGCCGAUGAAGGAUUGCCACGACGUCCGAAGGCCGUUUUGGAGGCGGAUCUCAUGCGAGAGACAAAGAAGUGCGAGGAGCAACUUGCGGCGAAUCCAGAGAACGAAGACGUGAUAUACCAGUUGGGUAUCCUUAAAUUUCGAGCGGGACGCGCAGAGGAAGCCAUUUGUCUUAUUUCUGAUUUCAUUCAGCAGCAUGCUCCAAAGAGACCGGGAGCGGCCUGUCACAGCACGGCGGAAGCAGCUCUGAACAGCACAAAAACGGUUGUAGCUUUGGUCGAUAACGAGGCUGAAAUUAUGCACGUAGGCCGCGGCGCCAAAGCGAAGCAACAAUGCAGAGAAGCUGAGCCUGGGAAGGCGACGCAGACGACCCACGAAGGACUUGUGGGGGGUGCCGAAGAUGCUCAGGAAUGUGGAGCACAGGGGGAAAGUAAGGAGAGCAGUGGGGACGAGCCAGGAGAGGAUGCAAGACAGAGACAGAGCGAAGAGACGACUAAGUGCAGUGAAGAGGAGGAGGAGGACGUCGGUGAGUCGUCUCUUAGAUGCAGGAGCAAAGCGCAUGACAAGCAAGACGCCUGCAGGCGGGCGCGUCACAGUGGAGGUGAGGAAUCACCGUCUGAAGGAAGCGGCACGAAGGCGAAGGACGACGAACUACAGGGAAUGUCAAAGUCGAUAAUGACCAGGCAGGACGGGAACUCCAGCUCGCAUUCCGAGGAACCGGGUCAGACUGGCGCUGCGACUGACAGUGUGAAAGAAGAGCAACUUGACUGGAGGUUGGGAAGAGCUGUGCCAGUUCAUCGACUGUUCAACCUCGUCCUGGACCGUCCGCUGCAAAUCGACCGAAGAGCCAAAGAUCUCUUGAUGGGGUGGGGCCCUCCAAUGUACCUGCAGUUGGAGAAAUUGCUUGGGCAUCUCUGGUUCGAGGCAGAAAACUACUCAGAUGCGGUGCGACACUAUUGGAGAUGCAUCGACCUCUCUCCAGACAACGCGCAACUGUUCACCAAUCUCGGUCUUGCCUACUACGAGAUGGACGCAAUGAAAGAGGCUGCGGCUGCAUUCGAGCAGGCCAUCAAACUGGACGAGAAGGAUGUCACGGCGUUGAGCGUGCUGGCCAUGCUUCUCAUGGACGAGUUCGCGGAGGCAGAAGAAGAAAAGUUGCGGGAAAUGGAAGAGAGAGAGGACGCAGCCUUACCCAACGAGGAGGAGCGACUCCGAAACUUGCGGGAAGGAACACAGCGUUGCGUAGCCAUGCUCCAGAAAUGCCUCCACAUCGACGAGAACAAUAUCCUCGCUCGAUUACAUCUCGCACAAGUCUACAUGUACCGGGAGGAAUGGAAGAACUGUGAGGAGAUUUUUCAGGCUCUGCUACAAGAAAACCCCGAUGACACACAUAUCCUGAACAAUCUAGGACAAGUUGCAUUGCAUAAGGGCGAUCAAGCGACGGCGUUCCAACAUCUACAAAGAGUCCUCAAAAUCAAUCCCGAAGAUGAAUUGGCUCAUAUGCACCUUUGCGAGCUCCUCUGUAAAACGAAUCAAACUGCCCGCGCGCUGGAGCACUUCAGACUCUGCUGUCAAUCAUCGCCAGAUAGUGUCUCUCUGCAUGCCACCUGCGGGCUUCCUCUUUGUGAGGUCGGAAAGGAGAAAGAAGUCAUCGCGGCGUACACAGAGUUUAUCAAGGCUCAUCCUCAAAGCGCUGCCGCGAAAACGUUCAAACGCUCGCUCGGCAGCAUGAGCGAGGAUGUUGGUUUCUCCGAGUCCACGACAAUCGUCAGUUUCAUCGUCUUGCCUAUUCUCCUGUUACUCAUUCUCCUUCUGGGAUGCGCGCAUUUUCUCGCUUCAUGGUCGUCUCCUGCUGCCUCCACUCCGCCCAGCUUUCCUGACGGAUCGUUUCACUCAGAAUUUUAG